CCUACUCAGUGUAUCUGUUGAGGGCUGGUGGAGAGACGCAAAGGUUAGAAACCGUCGGUUGACGGUGGUAGUUUUUCACUUACAUCAGCCGUGUUCGGUGCGUGAUACCAUCGCCUAACAUGUAAUCUGCUCUCUCCUGCAUUACUAAUACAUCUCUCAAGCUUGUCGUCCUACACAACACCAAUCUACGCGCUUAAUUAAUCCAUAUCGCACAAGGUGAAACAGCCGACUCUCGUCUUAAAUGAAAAGAAAUCGUCAUCUCAUGUUUGUGUUUGUGGUGAUGCAAUUUUAAACCAGUAAUUGAACUCCAAGAAGAUGGACGACAAACAGCUUAUUUGUCGCAGGUUCGAAGUAUUUAAAAGAUAAAAAAGGUUCGAAAUGUACGAAUGUAAAAAAAAGAAAAUACGUUUUUGACUGCUACGAUUUUACAGUGAAUGUGGGUGAGUGUCAGAAAGAGGAAAUAAUUUAUAUCGUCUGUAAGUUUUAAUUGAAAACAGUUCCAGGAAAACGUGUAAUAAUUUACGUAAGUUUUAUUUUCUGAAAUACGAUUAAUGAGAGCUUAUAGAUCUAGUCUUCGUUUCAGCAAGAUAAAAAUAUAUUAAAAUUUGGCAAAUAACACUGCAUGUAAUUAGAACUGUUAACUGAAUUAUAGAAUUUGUCAAGUUCCGGUUAUAGACCUAGAGAGUAUAACUCUGUUACAGUGUCAAAUAGAACCAAGUGUAUUACAAGAAGUUCUGUGGAUUGAAAACCUGUUGCAGCGUGGAAAUCGCUAGAACAACUUAUUCCACCUUUGUUUUUCUGUGUAUAAAGUGUAAUGGGAUUUAAUGGGGGUUUCCACUUCGACUACAGCUUAGAAGAUGGCAAGUUGCCAACGGCAUGUUUUAUUCUUGUAAUGGUUAAGAGUUCAGAGUAGACAAAAGAGAUAAGGAAAAAGGGUUGAAAGAGGAAGAGGCAAGGUCUUGCCAGAAGUUGUCCAUUUGAUCGAUUCAGCUUUACUAUAGGAGUACACAGACAGACAUUUGAGGGGAAGGGGUGGUUGGCGCUCUACAGGUGGCCGGAACCCAUGUUCAUCCCUACAGCACCAUAGGAGAAGCACCGAACAUCAACAUAAACUAAUUGUGGCAGAAAUGAUGGCAGGUAUCACGUGAUGCAGCACCCCUAGGCAGCUCCCGGCCUUCUGCAACGAUUCGUGUUCUCUUCUGCUGCAGUUUAAGGUCAGCCAUUUCGUUGGAGAGCUACAAAAUGGUUGCACCGGCUCUGAUUCUCUACACCAGGCACCAUAAUGUAAAACAAGAGAGGAGCGCCUAGCGUCAGCAGUAAUGAAGGGGUGGCGGUUCCCGCCCCCUGCACCAUCAAAGAAAGACGUAAUGGUUCGUGGUGCUCUGUGCCAUAAACAGCGAAACAGCAUGUAAAGUUACUGCACAAUAAUAACAUUGCACUCUACGGUUAUUGUUCAUUUCCCAGUGAAGUCUGAAUGUUCAAGUGAUGGCAUUGAAGUGGUGACAGACCUUGUAUGAUAAUUUGUGACUGUUUUAACAAGACACAUUCCUGAGUUCGUGUUUUCGUGAAGCAGUUCCAGAUAUCAACAACGUACAGCCAUGUUGCCCACAAAUGUAAUGUCCUUUAUGAAGAAGAUGGUGACGACUAACGAAGGGGCGCCGAGUUCGUCAGACCCUGGAAGCGACUCUGGGACGGCGCUCAGCAAGUUGCGUCAGACACUGUCCUCUAGCCUCAUGACAGCUCAGGACAAAGUGACAAAGCUGUCUCCAGCAAGACAACCCGUGGCGCCUGAUCCCGCCUCGACGCCUACCGACGACAAAACUACUCAACCUAACAAGACGGAAGAAACCAGCGUCAGCAAACUGAAAACAGAGGCCGCCAAGCCCCCGUGUCGCACAGGAGCGUGCAGAGUCUGUCUGAAGAGUUUCAAGCCUAACGACUUCUUCCGAACCUGCUUCGAGUGUCAGCAGAAGGUAUGCGAGGACUGCGCGUCGUACUCCAAGCUGGACGAGAACGAGGACCAGAGUACCUGGAGAUGCAGCAUCUGUCGCCGGAAGAUGCAGAGCAGAGCCCAGCCGGUUAUCCAGCAGGACUCUACAGACAGUCUUCUGGAUGUCCCGAUGUUGGAAGCGUUACAGAGGAGGCACUCUGACGUCAAGAUCAACCCCGCUUCUGCAGGUGGUAAAUGGGCCGGACUGGCCCUCAUGUUGCCGAGAGCUGAGCGUCGCCGGCAUUCUGAUGUUUCACCGUCGGCACUGAAGGAGUUAAGCAGCAAGGUCACAGCAUUGAGUAAGGAGGAGGACGAGAUAGCCAAGAGAAGGAGUUCAUGCUUCCCAGUGUCGUCAGCAACAGACCCUAUGCUGGUGCCUCCCCCACGUUCCCCAGAGUUGCGGCGCCAUUCUGACGUGUCUGCAGUCUCGCUGAAGGAACUGCAGAAACUGCAGGCGGGAGGAGCUGGUGGUGGUGGAGGCGGCCUGGGAGCUGGUCUUGCGCCGCCGCGGACACCAGAACUGAGGCGUCACUCUGAUGUGUCACCCGCUUCACUCAAAGAGUUGGAAAAAGUGGCCGGCGAGAGACGGGAGGAAUUGAGGUGGGAGAGGGAGAUGGAGUGGCGGCAGCAUGGGAAGAGGGAGUCAUCGCGUGGUUCACCUGGCACUAGCCGCGUAGGCAGCCCGCAGGCUGAGAGGAGACCAUUCGGAGACGAGCGCAACUGGGACCCACGGCUUAAGCCAGAUGACUCUGAACACAACGGGAGAGGACGAGCAUCUCCAGGAUCGAAACCACCGACGGUCACCGUUGGCUCGGACGAUGCCGAUGCUGAGGGUGAGGCGUGGAGGAGGCGACAGAGUAGAUCCCGAAGGAUGUCCAGGGUUACAAGACAGCACAGUUAUGAUGACGAAAUCAAGAACACAUCCGGAAGCGGUGGUAAUCAAGUCGGAUGUGGAGACGCCGGACUUGGUCUGCCAGUUCAGUUGCCAAGACGCGCCUCUGCUUAUGACGUGUAUGCUGUGCGCUCCGGUGAUCCGGGGGUUGGCGGGGGCCUAAACCCAGUUGCAUUGGCGGCGGCCGUGGCCAAUGUAUCCAGGCAACAGCAGCAGCAAGGCCAACAACAGAGUCAGCAGUCCUCUGUCAGGUAUGGUAGCAAUGGUGACGCUGUGGAAACGGGAGACGGCCCAAGCCCGUCAGGAAUUCCUACGUCCAGAAGACCAUCCUUCAGGGCAACCAAACCGCCCGGACUCUACGAUACCGACUCACCAGACCAAUCCGCGUUCGACACCUCAUCUUCGCCUCUGUCCCCGGAAGCAACUGCAGGUGGCGCACCAGGACUCAUUGUGGAUGAGGAUAGGCGCACGAGGCGAAGAGGGUCACAAUUACCUGAUCUGAGUGCCAUUCAAGCCCGGAUACCAGCCGCCAGACCUACCGCAGUACCUCCUCGUGCCAUGGACGAUUUGUGUGGCGGGGAGACGGUGAGACGUCAGGCGUCGGUAACGGACGGCGAGGCCAUCAAGAUUGUCAUCCACGACGUUGAUUCAGACUCCAACUUCAGUACACGCCCGGGUUCCAAGAGGAGGGUGGUGUUACGGCGCGACCCGGCGGACAAGGCGCACAGGAGUGAGUACAUCCCCCCUCACCAGUUGCUGGCCAGAGGCUUCGGGAUGCGGGUUGUGGGCGGCAAGACCGGAAGUGACGGGAGACUCUUUGCCUACAUCGUCUGGACCGUACCCGGUGGUCCCGCAGAGAAAGGUGGCCUCCAGCAAGGUGACAAGGUGCUGGAGUGGGACGGUGUUCCGCUUGUGGACCGCAGUUUUGAGGAAGUGUGUGCUGUCAUGGACCGAACGGGGGAGGUCGCCGAGUUACUAGUGGAGCAUGGCACUGACCUGCGAAUGUGCGACCUCCUGGACGAUCCAAGUGCCUCGGUUUCAGGUUCCAGAAAGUCGCAGCAGGGAGAGUCUUUAGGAAUGCAGCUCGAAUCCGAACAAGAGAAGACGCCUACUUCACCAACACGACGGAAAUUACCCAAAACACCGGAACAACUGGCACGUGAGAAAGCGGUGAGCGGUCGAACACAGCUUCAAGUGUUCUACCAUGACGAGAAACAAGAACUUGUUGUGUCUGUGCUGGCCGCUGACGACCUGGCGCCCCGUGAAGACACCGGCUACGGGACGCUCCCUGAAGCUUAUGUCAAACUCAGGUUGAUGCCAGUGACGAACGAGCAGUGUUGUGCUCAAUCAGAUGUAGCGGAACCCACGCAGAAUCCCAUUUGGAAUGCAACGUUUGACUUUCCGAAUGUCCCAGGCGAGGAACUCAUGGACAAAACAAUUGAAAUAACGUUAUGGGAUUCCUGCCCCGACCGAGACAGUGUCUUCCUUGGCGAAUGCACCGUAGACUUACAGAAGGCAUUUCUAGAGGACAGACCAGUAUGGUACCGACUUGAGGACCCCCGUCAACUGCGAGGAGGAGGGAAGUCACCUCAUUCAUCACCCCGGAGUUCUCUUGCAAACGAAGUCGCUCAGCGGCUCCUCAGAAGAACAGAAUUUGGCCAGCAAAAGUCCUUCUCAGAUGACAAGGACAGUGAUGAGAAGGCCAGCAGCCCAGAGCUCAACUUCCUACAUCCAGACCAUGCUUGGUUGGCACUAGGGUCCGCCUCAAGCUCUAGACGGGGCUCCAGCCAAUCCGAGCAGCUGGAAGUUGAGACGUACCAACUUGGGCGUGAUUUUUCCAGAUCUCUUCCAGGAUCUAGGCGCAGCUCCUUCCAGUCAGGACAAAAUGUUGCAGCCGAUAAAGAUCCUGAACUUCCACCUCCAAGCUACAGUAAAGAGCGACGAAGGAGCUCAUGCUCAAGGGGCAGAGAUCCAGACGAAAUCCUAAGGAGCCUCAAGGCAGUAAAGGGGGAGCUAGGUCGAACCAUGAGCCUGAGUGGGGAGAAGAGGAUGUUUAGACGGCACAAGGACAGGAGAGAAUCCAUGUUGGAUCUACCAGAAAAACAAGGGAUUGUUUGCAAUACUUCAUCAGAAGACGAGGAUAAGACCAGUGGAGCAGUGACUGGAGGUACCAUUCUUGAUGAUGACGACGUGAAGCUGCUACCGGAAGUGACGUUGGGACCGGGGCAGAUUCACCCACGCGGCUACCGCCUGACCACAGGCCACUAUGGAGAAAUCAAACUGGGUCUGCUCAUGACGAAGGGACAACUAGAGGUUGAGGUGAUGUGUGCUCGCAACAUCGCCUGUGAAGCGAGAGAGAGCUUGCCAGAUACGUAUGUGAAGACAUAUCUCCGAGAUGGUGAUCGAUGGCUGCAGAAGAGAAAAACAAGAGUGGUGAGACACAGCAAUGACCCUCAGUACCGCCAAACACUACGUUACUCAGCUUGUGAUGUUUUGGGUCGUUCAUUGCUUGUUAUGCUCUGGGAGCGGCAAAAGGGAUUUGAACAUAACCAGGGAAUUGGUGGUGCGGAAGUUGCAUUGGACAAGAUACAAUUGACCCACCUCACUACUGGCUGGUACCCACUUUUCCCCAUUCACAGUCUUGGUUCUGACUCAAAUGAUUCUCCAUGACACAUUCCACCACUUAUUACUGUCUACCUCAUCAUUUUGCUGGUGUCAGUAAGGAUAGAAAUGGGCUUGUAUCCUCAGCUUACUUGUACCUACUGAUACCUGCAUGUAUUUCAGUUCACCUGGAAGAACCAAACAAGACAAAUCCUAGCAAUAUGGUAUAGUUUACAUGAUUCUGCAGAACUUUGGAAUGAAACAACUGAAGGUACUGAUGAAACAGUUUAUCUUGGACUGGGUUUGCUGAAGCUUAGGAAAAGAGAACCGGUUCUUUUAUGCUGAAGCUAAUGAAGGAAGUUUUGAAGCCAUUAUGCCCCAUGAUGUUGGUUUGUUGAAUACCACUUCCAUCCUUUUCAUGUUAGGUGUAUUGUCAUACACUGGGCAUAGCAGGUAAUGUCAAAUAUGUAAUAAUUUACAUCAAUUUCUUAGAAGUGCAAAUCUGUGUUCAGACGACAUUAUUUUUCUCAUAGAUUUCAUUGAAAAUUGACCGAUCAAUGAAAACGCAAAUCCAACUUGAAACUUAGGGGUUUAAUGUUAAAUCUCUGAGUUUCAUUAUACCUGCCAAGUAAACAUAAUCCAUGCUUUGGGAUAAUGCUAUAAUGUUAAUUUAUUGUGUUAGUAUAUUUGUAUUAUAAAAGGUAAAGAGUAUUUACUAUAUUAACAUAUAAUAAUAUAGCAAUAUCUGGAUACUGCAGAAUUAUUCUUUAGUUAUCAUGUUCUUACACACUUUAGUAUAUCUUCUUAUAAAGCUUUGCUGUAAGAAGCCAGGGACCAAGAUCAGAUGUAUUACCAGCAAUAUUAUUCGAUAGUGAGAUUGGUUUGGGAGGUUUUAGGUUGUCACAGCAGAUCUGAAUGUAUAUUGAGUCAAUUAGAUAUAAAGAUUUUUGAUAUUUGAGAAGUAGUGUUACUUCAUCUGAAGGUUUAAAUGUGAAAAAUAUGAGAAAGGAGGCCAUAUUUAUAAAAUAUGUUCAUAUUUUAUUUACUUAUUUAUUUGCUUUUAGUUAAUGUUGUAUCAUGAACCAAGAAAUGUAUAUUGCAACAGUUGAUGAAGAUGAUGGAAUAUGCGAUUUUGGCUCAAAACAUUCAAUGGUUACUGUAUUCCAGACUACUUCCAGAACACUAAUUUCUAUAUCUAGACUGACCUGAGACAUGAUUUUGCAUGAUUUUUCUCUCCUUCAGUUUCCUGUUCUUGGUAAAAUUUAAAUGUUAACAGUCUCUGCUUCAAGUUACUUGUAAAUUAGCAUUUUAAUUAUUGUUGAAGCUUAGGAGUACAUCCAUCAGAAGACUUCAUCUUAUGGUCAUUCCUCUGUAAUUAUGUCACUCUGAAGUCACUGGCAAUUGCUUCAAUUGCUAAUUCAUCCCACUUGGUUUUAGAUCAUCUGUUUUACAUAAACUGAAAUUAUCCAAUUUCCUUAUUCUUACAGGGCUGAAAAUGGGAAUAGAAAUGGGUAGAUGUCAUCUACUUAGUUUCAUAAUACUUCAUUUUGAGGAAGCUGUUUCCAUUGCCUUAAGACAUCAUAACUGUCAUUCCCAACAACGAUACAUGAUAACUGACUAAUUAAGCACUAUGCCAUGAAGGCAUAUGGGGGAGUGGAUACAUGAUACAUGCAGGAACAAAUUCAUAAGCCUACAUUAUAAUAAUUUCCUUUAAUGUGUUGAACAUUUCCCUUGGCUUUUCUGCUGGUCUGGAAUGUCUACCUAGUUCUGAAAAGCCAUUUCACCCCUGGAUUUUUAUGAAAACAUGUUCAAGGGAAGUUCAAAUACAACUAACGACCCCUGCAAUCAUAUCAUGUCUGGUUUUGCCAGUAUUUGCAUGAUACUGUCCCCUAGCAGAACCUUUCCACUUCAUCGUUUGAGUCAGUAACAAAACUAAUUACAAUGGGCUGGUCUUGAUACAAUGUCUUGAUUGAAAUAGCUUGCCAAUGUAUUAGUUGUAAAUACAAUAUAUAUUUGUGAUGCA